AUGCUCGGUGCGAGGAUGGUCCUGGUGCUCCUGCUGCUCCUCACCACCUCCCCACACUGUGAUGCAGUCCCUCACACGCUGUCUGAGUGCUGCUUCCAUUACGCCAAGUCCCCGCUCCGGCUGGCUAACCUGAAGUCUUGCUACAGAACUCCCAAGGAGUGUUUUUCCCAAGCAGUUGUGAUUGUGGCUGCCAGCGGUAACAAGGUCUGCGCCGACCCUGAGAAGCCCUGGGUGAAGAAAGCCAUGGAAAAAGUUUCAAGGAAAAAAUAA